AUGUCUACUUGUCAGGAACAAUGGAAAGGUGCACCGGCACGAGGACUACAAGCAAGAUGGCUGAAGAGGGGCGUCCACCUGACUAAGGAGUCGCUCUUCGGAGCGAGCGAGACAAUGGAAGGGAAGAGGGGCGGGGGCAAUCUUCAAAGAUGGCGGCUGAAGGAGAAGUGCGAUGGUUUCAUGGGACUUGUAGUCCAUGCGGUGGGGUUGCUCUCUGCAGGGCUCUUCGCAGAGUCACGUCAGGUCUGUUGUGUGGGUGUGUCCAGGAUCAAGGUCCUGCAGAGCCAGGGCCAAUGCCUAGGUCCAGCUAGGGCGGGCAGAGGCCGCCUCCAGGGAGAAACUAGAUCUCAGGACGUGCGGAGCAGCAGGGAGCAGGGCGGCCCCUUUGUCCCUUAUAAUCCCUCCCCGCCCUUGCCCUCUCCCUCCAGCAACCAGGUCCCUUUCUGUCUGCUGACCCUGCUGCUGUCACCCCUGAGUCUGGAGGCCCCCAUUUCUCCUGCUGAGCCCAUCAGUCAAGCCUACAACUUGGCCCUCUACAUGCAGAAGAACACAUCAACAUUACUACAGACAUAUCUCCAGUACCAGGGCAGCCCUUUUAGUGAACCUGGCUUCUCAGCCCCUGAGCUCCAGCUUCGCAGCCUGCCUCCUGCUACCGUCUCCUUCAAGACCUGGCAUGCCCUGGAUGAUGGGGAGCGGCUGGGCCGUGCCCAAGGAGCCUUCCUGGCUUUGAGCCAGCACCUUCAGCUUGUGGGGGAUGACCAAAGCGACCUGAACCCUGGCAGUCCUGUCCUUCUGGCUCAGCUUGGUGCUGCAAGACUCAGGGCCCAAGGCCUGUUGGGGAACAUGGCUGCCAUCAUGAAUGCCCUCGGCCUGCCCAUCCCCCCAGAAGAAGAUACUCUUGGGGUUAUCUCCUUUGGGGCUUCAGCUUUCGAAAGGAAAUGCCGAGGCUACAUAGUGACCAGAGAAUAUGGCCAUUGGACAGAUAGAGCUGUCAGGGACUUGGCUCUGCUCAAAGCCAAAUACCCUGGAUAG